GCAUAUCAGGUACAUCAGGCGGAGAAUGUCCACAUCGUUAUUCAUGAUAAUGAAAGCACGGCGCUUAGUACAGAAAAUUCUCCACCAUACGAAGAAUCUUUGGAAUUUUCUUUGCUUCCUAAUGCCAACGGUCAUAAUUCUCGUAUCUCAUCACCACCACCUAUUCUAACAGCCAGGAGAAUCGAUCGUCUAAAUGAACUAAAACAAAAUAUUUUAUCUGAACAUCCAAAAAUAAAAGUUUAUACUCGCCAAUUGGACGUACGUGAUAAAUCCACUGUUGAUCAAUUGGUUUCGAGUUUACCUAGUGAUUUAAAGGAAAUUGACGUUUUGGUUAAUAAUGCUGGUAACAUUAUUGUAAAAGGAAUGGACAAGAUUGAUAACGUUUCUUCGGAUGAUAUCGAUAUCAUGGUUGAUACAAAUGUUAAAGGAUUAUUGUACGUUACUCAAGCUGUUCUUCCAAGAAUGAAGGAACGUCAAAAGGGCCAUAUAAUUAAUAUUGGUUCUAUAUCAGAAACCGAAUUCUCUUUUAUCAGGUUUGGUGGUGAUAAAGCAAGGGCCGACAAAGUUUAUGAAGGCAUAACACCGUUGACUGGUGAAGAUAUUGCUGAAACUGUUGUAUUUGUUGCAUCUAGACCAGACCAUGUUAACAUUGCAGAUGUUACAUUAUAUCCUGUUAACCAGGCAUCGGUUUAUUUAGUACAUAGGCCCCAUACUAAAAAAUAG